GCUCCACUGCGUAAAGCGCAUUUGCCUCUCCAGCCAACCCGUGCGCACCGAGCACCUCAUCCUCGCCGAGUUGGAGGGAAACCGUGGAAGCUCCGCGAACUCCAAGCAAGAAUCGACAUGUCUUCCUACUUGUCAUCCGAGAGCCGCCGGGUCAGCCCGUCCGUCCACGGCAACAAGUUCGACACGGCGCACCGCAAGAAGGCCGUGGCGAACAUUUUCGAGAACGUCAAUCAGGACGCGCUGAUGAGACUCUUCCAGAAAACCGGCGACAUGAAGGCGGAGGAGCGCGUGAGGAGCAUCUUCUCCUACACGCAGGACCCGGAGGAGACGGCGCGCGCGCUGAUGGCUCUGAAGCAGCGAAAGAAGGACAAGUUCCUGCAGAUCGCGGGGAUGGUCCGACAGCUGCUGAAACUGCGCUGAGCUGCUGCGCGCCUCACUGCAUGUGAGCUGAUGUGAAAACAUUAGCUAUGUGACUGGGUCACCGCCGCAGGUGCGACUCACCUGUCGCCAUGGCGAGGCGGCGUCAGGCUCCGAGGAGAGCGCGCAGCCGGGACCGGUACCGGUACCGGUCCGGCCGAGGCGCCACGCCGCGGCUACGGCCUCGUGGACGGAGGCAGCCGAGAGCCCCGCAGCUGAAGGGGCUGAAGUGACUGGGGGGACAUGAAGGGAAUCCCACAGACUUGAAGUGACCGAUGCAUUCCUAUGGAUGCGUGACUGUGAAGAAGCGCCGUGCGCGUGCAGGCGCGCGUUCCUGCUGAUGCUGCAGGAAGACUUUCUGGUGCCUAUGUUACUAUUGCCUGUCCUUGUAUGAACACAAGGCCCAUGAGUGGCCACUACUGUGUCUCCAAUGAUUUUGUUAUUUUUAAUAAAUUAUACUAAAGUUGA